CCUGGAGAAACGAGAGAAGCACGCCAACUCACCUACCGUCGCCCAAUCCGCAUUCUCUCCAUUCUUCCCGACGAGCCUACGCUCUCUUGCUCAGCUAAGCUUCUUCCACCUCCGCUCCCAACCGCCUAAACCCUAACCCUAACCCUAACCCUAACCCUGGUCUCCCUCCAUCAAUCGCCAUGGACGUCGCCCACCUGCUCGGCCCCCGCUUCUUCUCCUCCGUCCCAUCCCCGUCCCCUCCGCCCCGUCCCCAUUCUCCCCGCGCCUGGAGCUCGAUAUACCCUAAAAUUCCCAAUCGUUGCGCCCCGCCUCGAUCGCGCCGUCGCCGAAGCGUCCGCUUCGUCUCCCGGGCGGAAACCCUAGUCGCGGGGCCGCAGAGGGAGGAGGGGCGCUCGCAGGCGCUCAAGGGGGCGGAGGUCGGCGAUCUCAAGGCGUGGUUGCACGCGCAUGGCCUUCCUCCUUGCAAGGUCGUGCUCAGGGAGAGGCCUUCGCCCGAUGGGAAGCACCGGCCGAUACAUUACGUUGCCGCUAGCAAGGAUCUUCAGGCGGGAGAUGUGGCAUUCUCUGUGCCCAAUUCGUUGGUUGUAACGUUGGAUAGAGUUUUGGGAAAUGAGACAAUAGCUGAACUGCUGACAACAAAUAAGCUCUCAGAAUUGGCUUGCUUGGCAUUGUACCUCAUGUAUGAGAAGAAGCAGGGGAAAAAGUCUUUCUGGUAUCCUUUUAUAAGGGAGCUUGACCGCCAACGUGGAAGAGGACAGUUAGCUGUUGAGUCUCCACUUUUAUGGUCAGAAGCUGAACUGGACUACCUAAGUGGCAGUCCUACAAAGGCCGAAGUCCUUGAAAGGGCUGAAGGAAUAAGACGAGAAUACAACGAGCUUGACACAGUGUGGUUCAUGGCUGGUUCAUUGUUCAAGCAAUAUCCUUUUGACAUACCUACUGAGGCUUUUCCGUUUGAGAUUUUCAAGCAGGCAUUUGUUGCAGUUCAAUCUUGUAUUGUUCAUCUGCAGAAGGUUAGUUUGGCACGAAGAUUUGCCCUAGUUCCGUUGGGACCACCCUUACUGGCUUACAAGAGUGACUGCAAAGCAAUGUUAACUGCUGUUGAUGAUGCUGUUCAGUUGGUGGUAGAUCGUCCAUAUAAGGCUGGGGAGCCAAUUGUAGUAUGGUGUGGUCCGCAACCAAAUUCAAGGCUUCUUCUUAAUUAUGGUUUUGUCGAUGAAGACAACCCCUAUGAUCGUAUAGUAAUAGAGGCAUCACUAAAUACGGAAGAUCCUCAAUACCAAGAAAAGAGAAUGGUUGCUCAGAGAAAUGGAAAACUCUCUGUCCAAGUUUUUCAAGUGCAUGUGGGUAGAGAGAAAGAAGCUAUUUCAGAAAUGCUGCCUUACUUGCGGCUUGGUUAUGUCUCAGAUCCGGCUGAAAUGCAUUCUGUUAUCUCCUCUCAAGGUCCUAUAUGUCCUGUGAGCCCAUGUAUGGAACGAGCAGUUCUUGACCAACUUGUGGAUCAUUUUGAAUUUCGGUUGGCUCGCUAUCCCACCACCCUAGAGGAGGAUGAAGCUAUGUUGGCAGAUGGAAAUUUGGACCCAAAGAAGCGGGUCGCAGCCAAACUUUUAAGGUUAGAGAAGAAAAUGUUGCAUGCAUGUCUUCAGGCUACAUAUGAAUUCAUCGACAAGUUGCCUGAUCAUACAGUAUCUCCUUGUCCUGCUCCUUUUGCCCCUCUAUUGAAAUAAUAGUUCUCGUGCAGAAGCAGCUGAGAAUAUUGCCGUCAAAUAUGAUCUUAUAAGGUCAAAUAUGAUCAUGUAAGUCAAGAGAUCAAUAGUGAUGUUGCAGCUUUUGGUUGUCUGGCAAGCAGCGAACUUCAAACUUGCGGUCGCUGAGCUUCGAGUGCCCCUGGUAGAAUUUCAUGAAUUCAACUGUAUAUCUGCAAUUGUAAGAGCUUUUGUAGUUAUUUCUUUUCGUGUAAAUCUGAUUAGUGCACAAUUGGAUUAUGGAUAUUAGAUUAGCUGUGAUGUAAAUCAAUCUCAUUGCCCAAUUAAUGCUUCAAUGUUGUCAUUUCGUGCUGCUACAAUUGUCAGCUAUCUUGUACAUAAAUUGUUACAUCUUACUAAUGUUUCCUAACUCUUCAUUUUUAUCA